AUGUUGAAUGCAGAAGAUGUUUUACCUGAUAUCAAUGAUGUUUUGAAUACUGAUCGUUCGUCCGAUGAAGAAGCAAGUACAAUGGAAUUAAAUAAUCAAGGUCAGCAAAGAUCUACAAGUGAAGAGUAUAUAUUACCAAAAAAAAAUUCAAUUUAUGACCACAGUUUCCUCAUGGCUUUCAACGUGUCGGGUGGUUCAAGUAAAACUUCAUCACGACAUCAUCGACCGAAAAAAGCUUAUGAAGAAUUAAAAAAUUUUACACCACCAUUGACGAUUAAAUCAAAAGCCAGUCAUGACAGUGUCAUCGAGCACGAUGUAUCCGGAUUAACACGAACCGAUAAUUUACCACCACCUGAAUCCUUUGAUGCUCUCCAAUGUGGAGGAGAAAGAAUACGAACGAUAAUAGCAGCUCUUCAACACAAUGUAUUUAUUCGAAAAGAAGAUCUUAUACGAAAUUUGGACUAUGUGGCACGCGUUAUGGAAAAUGCUCAUUUGGAUGAGACCAAACGUCUUAUGGAAGAAGACGAUGUGUUAUCGGAAAUGGAACCAGACAGUGUACCAAAUGAAGUACGCGACUGGUUAGCGAUGACAUUUACACGUUCAAUGUCCACAAUGAAACGACGUCCAGAAGAAAAACCAAAAUUUAAAAGUGUUGCACAAGCUAUCCGAGCUGGAAUUAUGGUUGAUAAGUAUUUGAGGCGUCUAUCUAUUGAUAUAAAAUUUAAGACAAUUAAUGAAUGGAAUUUUGAUGUGUUUGCUAUUAAUGAAUUUACAAAUGGGCAAAGUUUAAGAUAUGUGGGCUUUGAAUUGAUGCAACGUUAUAAUUUACCGAAUAAACUUCAUGUGUCGUUGACUGCAUUACAAAACUUUUUAGAACAAAUGGAAUUAGGAUAUAGUAAAUAUCAUAAUCCUUAUCAUAAUUUAAUUCAUGCUGCCGAUGUAUUACAAACAACUUAUCAGAUAAAUUGGUUAACUGAUAGUGAACUCUUUGCCAUGUUUAUAGCAGCAAUUAUACACGAUUUUGAACAUACAGGAACAACAAAUAGUUUUCAUAUACAGUCAAAAUCUGAUGUUGCAUUAAUCUAUAAUGAUCGAGCCGUAUUAGAAAAUUAUCAUGUUAGUGCAGCAUUUCGUUUAAUGAGAAUUGAUGAUUAUAAUAUAGUGUCAGAGUUUACCAAUGACGAAUAUCGACAAUUUCGUCAACUUGUUAUUGAUAUGGUAUUAGCGACUGAUAUGAGUUUUCAUUUUACACAAUUAAAAAACAUGAAAAGUUUAUUAAGCAUGCCAGAAAAUAUUGAAAAAGGAAAAGCACUCGCCUUGGUAUUGCAUUGUGCAGAUAUAAGUCAUCCUGGAAAACCAUGGCAUAUUCAUCAUGGUUGGACAGAAAAUCUGUUAGAAGAAUAUUUCAAACAGGGAGAAAAAGAAAAAGAACUUGGUCUACCGUGUUCACCAUUAUGUGAUCGUGAGAAUACACUCGUAGCUGAAUCUCAAAUAGGUUUUAUUCAAUAUAUUGUUGAACCAUCAUUUUCUGUUAUGGGCGAUAUGCUUGAAAAAAUAUUAAAAUCUUCGGAUACCGGUUCUUCAUCGACAUCUCCCAUGCCGACGAAAACCCCUUCACCUCUUCCAUCACCGUCACCUCCAUCAUCAGCUGGUUCCUCAAAUGAAUCAAGACAUGCUCGAGAGAAUGCCAAUGGACAAGGGAAAGAACCACCAACAACAACAUAUCAACUUGGUCGUCUACCAUUGCGGAGACCAUGGGAAGACAAUUUACGUUUAAAUAAAGAACGGUGGCAAGCGAAUGCAGAAGAAGAAAAGCGACGGCGAGAAUUGAAAACAAUACCAGAAUAA